AAUUCAUCGAUAUCCUCAUGAGUGAUAUGUAGAGAUUUAUGUCACAGUUUUGGUUCUUCAUGUCCUGCAUGGAGCUUGUAUGAAAAACACGAGUAGCGUAUUUCCCAGUAAAACACUUGUGUCCAUAUAAUAUAUACCUGUAUGCAUAUGCUUUUUUGAUUCAGUGUCUUGUUAAAACAAGAAGCUCUUUGUAUUAGUACUGUACCUUGUUAUAAUCUCAUCUCAUUAUCUCUAGCCGCUUUAUCCUGUUCUACAGGGUCGCAGGCAAGCUGGAGCCUAUCCAUUGCUUUGCGACAAUGUCUGCUUUGCGACAAUGUUUAUUGUUAAAAGCGCUAUACAAAUAAACUUGACUGUCCCAGCUGACUACGGGCGAAAUGCGGGGGUACACCCUGGACAAGUCGCCAGGUCAUCACAGGGCUGACACAUAGACACAGACAACCAUUCACACCUAUGGUCAAUUUAGAGUCACCAGUUAACCUAACCUGCAUGUCUUUGGACUGUGGGGGAAACCGGAGCACCCGGAGAAAACCCAUGCGGACACGGGGAGAGCAUGCAAACUCCGCACAGAAAGGCCCUCACCGGCCACGGGGCUCAAACCCGGACCUUCUUGCUGCGAGGCGACAGCGCUAACCACUACACCACUGUGCUGCACACCUUGUUAUAAUGCUUUAUUAAAAUACCUUUUGAUUUUAUUAUAGCACUUAGGUGGGGAUCACACUGACCACCAAACUGUUGCAGAUUUUCAGUUCAGGUCAGGGCUUUGGCUAGGCCUUUCCAAAAUACUGACCUUUUUUGGUGAAGCCAUUCCUUUGUUGAUUUGCAAGUAUGUUUUGGGUAAUUGUUGUGCUGAAAGAUGAAAUUCCUUUUCAUCUUCAGCUUUCUAGCAGGUGCCUGAAGGUUUAGCAUCAGAAUUGACUGGUAUUUGGAGCUAUUCAUGAUUCUCAGCCAGGUUCGGCUAAAGAAAAGCUGCCUGAAAGUGUGAUGCUGCCACCACCAUGCUUCACCAUGGAUAUAGUGUUCAUGGAUAUAGUGAUGAUUUCUUGUUUUUUUGUUUUUGUGCCAAACAUACCUUUGAGAAUUAUGGCCAAAAAGAUAAACUUCAAACAUUCAGUUCAAAGUGAGAAAAAAACAAACAUGAUUGUCUUUUGUGAGCAGCAAGCUUGCCAGAAAACUGAGAAGAGCGAUGGAUAUUUACCUUUUCAAAAUAAUCAAACUGUUUCGUCCAAGUUAUACAUUUAACAAGCUAGUAUGUUCCUUAAUAAAACAAAUACUAGUACAUACAGCAUUUAAUGGUAAGAAUUGCUACUUUGUUUACUGCUGACGUGAGCAGCCAUGUUGAUUUUACAUCACUUCCUGAGUUCAGGAGUAGGAUUUCCAAGCUGGGUGUUUUACAAUUUGGUUUUUCUUAGUCGGCGGUCAGCAACUGCAAGUUAUGACCUUUAAUCAAAUACAGCAUUCGCCUCAAUCUUUAACUAGCUUGAGCUCUGUGUCCCUGUUACGGCUGCCACCGUGUGGACCUGGUGGAGCCUUUGUGUGCGUUUUUCUUGCUGUGCUCCUUCUCAUAGGAUGGAGGUGCUGGGCUCUGAUUGGCCUCGAGUGUGGGAGGCGGGAGGAGUGACUGAACCGACACCAGGAUGUGUAUGACCGCGAUUGGCUGACUGGCCCCGAUGUACUGCCAACCAGACGACACGAUUCUCAGCAUCCCCGCUAUUUAAACUGGGAGUGGCACAGUCUCCGGGCGGGUUUUUUUUUGUUGUAUGAAUUGUAUUGAUUGUAAGCUCGCAUGGUUAUUUCGAAAACUCGUACAUGUUAACAGUGGUUAACUCGUUCAGGAGUGUGGAGGUUGGUAUAAUUGUUUUGGGACUGGGCAGGGACUAGUUUAGCUUUAGCACUGAUUGCAUUCACUUGAAACGAUUUCUGUUAGUCACACUAGUUAGGGGUGCUGUUUUAUGUGUUUUUUUUGUUAUUGACUGCUGAAUUAGAUAGUGAGGUUUUUUGUUUCCCAUUUUGUUUGAUAAGACUAGUAUAGGCUCCGUUUGGAGUUCCCUUUUUGUUAUAUUUAUUUGUUCUUUUAAACAGCACUCGUUUGCCCUUUGUUCCCUGUUACCUCACCUCCUUUUGUUAUAACAAUUUGAAUUUUCAAUUAAUAAAAAUCCUUUGUUUAUUACCAUUCCCAUCUGGUUUUAUGUUACUUCUCAAUACCCCUUUGAGGUGGGUCGUAACAUAAAUGGGGGCUCGUCCAGGAUACCUUUAAAACCCGAGCAACAAAGGAGUUUAUUAUUUGAAACAUCGAAUUGUUUUGUGCUUGAAAAAAAAUGGCGAGCUUUGAUUUAGAAGCUUUUGUGACUAACCCAACGCUCUGUCAGAUUGAGAAUUGUAGAAAAAGUGAUUUGGCGCAGAUUGCGCUCCACUUCGGGUUCUCGUAUUCGAGGCAGUUAGUAAAAAAGGAGCUUAAGGCUCUAGUAGUGGGUAAAUUGGAGGAGAUUGGUAGCCUGGGCCCGCCCAUCCUAAGCGUGACGCAACACGAAGGCCUGUUCCGAGCUUAGUCUGGCCAGGCAGGCUAUCUACAGCAUUUCCAAGCUCCCGAAAAAUCGGGAACCAAUCAACUUUGAGCAUCUCCAACGGCCCUGGGUAGAGGCGUGUUCAAGGCAGUGACGUAGUAGAACUGCGACCGGAAGCCAUAGAUUGUUUACAGAAUCUAUGCCGGAAGCGCUUCAUUCACAUCACGAACAUGGAGCAGCGGCAAGCCUUUAACACAGCGGUAGAUGCUGUAUUGAAAGCAUUCAACGGGAUGUUCUCAUUGAAAACGGAGCAAAGAGCAGCCCUGGAGGUAUUUAUUGAAAGGAAGGACGUUUUCGCCUUGCUCCCGACCGGCUUCGGUAAGAGUUUAAUCUACCAGUUAGCCCCGUCGCAUCGCAUACGUCAGAGGAAAGAAUGAUGUGAUUGGUUUAAGCUUCGUCACAGCCUUUUCUGGCUUCAACCAGUAGCAAACUGAGGCAUUUCAGGGAGGCGGGUCAACCACGGGCUCUGGGAAACAGUUUGGCUUAAUAGCUUGGCCAGACCAAAUGCUCGGAGAGCUUUGAAGUCGCGUUAGCCAGGCUAGGAGAUUGGAGUAUUGGUGGCAACAGCGCCGGUCGGGAGUGCUUUGUCUGAGGAUGGCACCCUUAGUGAAGGCGAGGGCAGCCUGAAAGCCGAGGCUGGUCCUCCGGGUGCUGUGGCUGCUGGAGGAGGGGAGACUGCGUCAGGUGGGCGGCUGAAGAUGCCGUUCACCCUGCCCCGGUACGACACUCUUUCGUCGGGCAGCACUGGGUCCAGUAGACGAGGCAAGGGUGAGAGUGCGCAUUGCUCAUCUCCAGCUGGAGGCCCAGGAGAGGGAAAGAGGAAGGCAAGCACAGCUCCAAUACCAGCUCGAAAUAAAAAAGCUGGAAAUUGAGGCUGACAAAACCGUACGGCUGCGUCAGCUGGAGCUCGAGGCUCACGUGCUGAGCGAACCUGCCAGCGCUACAGGUACGUCACCUCCCUCCAUCCCUCCACCUGCCGCACAAUUUGACAUAAGCAAGCAUAUUGCUUUAGUGCUUACAUUUCGAGAGACUGAAGUGGACACGUAUUUUAGUGCAUCGCCUCGGCUCUGCAGUGGCCAUGUGAUGUUUGGCCACUACUGCUGCAGUGUAAAAUUCACGGCAAAGCCCAGGAGGUUGUAUCAGCGCUCCCCGUAGAGGAGAGCCUAAAAUACGAUUCGGUCAAAUCUGCAAUCUUACGAGCGUAUGAACUGGUCAAGGAAGCUUACAGACAAAAAUUUAGAAACUAUCAGAAAGCCGCAAAUCAGAUAUUCGUAGAGUUUGCACGUGACAAAAGCACAUUCUUUGAUAAGUGGACCGCUACUUGCAAGGCUGGUGAUUUUAAUUCCUUGAGGGAGUUGAUUCUGUUAGAGGAAUUUAAGAAUUGUCUACCUGGACGCAUCGUAACAUAUUUAAAUGAGCAAAAAGAAUGAGAAUCGUGACCUUGUCUUCGGCGUGAAAUCGUGACCUUGUCUUCGUGGCCGUUUUAGCCGAUGAGUACGUGUUAACGCACAAAACAGUUUAUCCCUCAGAGCCUGUGAGUCUGUCUCGUUCUGCAUUAACUCGGCCGACCAGGGGACCUAAGGUGAUGGGUCCGAAAAAAGAAGACAGAGAGUGUUUUUACUGUCGUGAGCCGGGGCACGUUAUUGCUAAUUGUGUAGCACUAAAGAGAAAAGAACAACAGCAGGGUCCCCAGAGUGUGUCGCAACCGAAGGGUGUGAGGUUAAUUAAAUGAGAAGUGAGGGGGGAUGACGUUGACAAUGAGGUUUUUUUUUAAAUAUUUUUUUUGGGCUUUUUCCACCUUUAUUGGAUAGGACAGUGUAGAGACAGGAAAUGAGCAGGAGAGAGACAGGGAGGGAUCGGGACAUGACCUUGGGUCGGAAUCGAACCCAGGGCCCCGGAUUUAUGGUAUGGCGCCUUAUCCACCUGAGCCACGACACCCCGAUGAUGAGGUUGUUGAUGGUUGUUUCAAGCCAUUUAUGUUCGAAGGCUCAGUAUCACUAAGUGGGGAGCCGGCGGACCAGCGGCCGGUGCACAUCCUGUGGGAUACCGGUGGUUCCCAAUCCGUUAUUUUAGCCUCUGUUUUACCUUUCUCGAAUGAAUCGGCGUGUGGGUACGGAAUUGUGCUGCAUGGCAUUGAGAUGGGUUAUGUGCCCAAACCGGUGCACAUAAAAUCUGAGUUAGUCACCGGGGUUUUUCCAGUGGCGGUAUGUAUUGAACUACAGAUUAAAGGUGUAGAGUUUCUAAUCGGUAAUGACAUAGCUGGUGGCAAGGUAACCCCUGCACUGGAAGUGCUGGAUUCCCCUCUGGGUGCAGAAGAUGGUAAUGCACAAUCUCAGACCAAGUUAUUUCCCGUUUGUGCAGUCACACGUGCACAAGCGCUUAAAGAUGUAGAAGUGGGUCUAUCGGACACUGUUCUCAUGUCGGCUCUUUCAGGGGUAAAUGAUGAAGAAAAAGAGACAGUCAACGACUCUGCCUACAGCUGGAGGUGGCUUGGAGCGAGUGUGCUCGGCCAGCCCGGUCAGGCCGGCGCUGGAGGGCUCACCGCUCCCUGUUAUGCGUGAACGACUGUGCACUGCACAAUGGGCCGAUCUGACGCUAAAAGCGUGUUUCUCGAAGGUGAUAAGUGCCUCCAAAGCAAGUGGUACAAAUGUAGCUUAUGUGUUAGAUAACCAGCUGUUGAUGCGUAAAUGGUGUGCUUCCGCCGAUGGUGAUUCUGAUUGGAACAAUGUUUACCAGAUUGUGGUACCUUCUGCAUAUCGUCCCCACGUUCUGUCUGUAGCUCAUGAAAGCCAGUGGUCGGCGCAUUUGGGCAUAACCACAACGAACAAUCUGAUCUUAAAACACUUUUUCUGGCCAGGGCUGAAGACUGAUGUGGUUAGAUAUUGCCGGAGUUGUCAUGUCUGUCAAAUUGCGGGUAAGCCAAAUCAGGCUGUUCCCCCAGCUCCACUGCAUCCCAUCCCUGCUAUGGGAGAGCCAUUUGAGUGGAUCAUAAUAGACUGUGUGGGACCUCUGCCACGAACAAAAUCAGGAAAUCAAUAUUUACUCACCCUUAUGUGUGCUGCCACCUGUUAUCCUGAAGUCAUUCCAUUGUGGAAAAUAACGGCCAGCUCGGUUGUUAAGGCGCUAACAAAAUUCUUUUCCACUUUUGGUCUCCCACUCGUAAUUCAGUCCGAUCAGGGGACUAAUUUCCAGUCAAAGUUAUUUCGGGAGGUGCUUAGAACAUUACGGGUGAAGCAUGCCGUCUCCAGCACUUACCAUCUGGAGUCGCAGGGAGCACUGGAAUGGUGGCACCAGACGCUUAAAUCCAUGCUCCAAAAGUACUGUAUUGAGACUGACAAAAGCUGGGAUGAGGGAGUCCCCUUUGUGCUAUUUGCAGCUAGGGAGGCUGUCCAAGAAUCCCUAGGAUUUAGUCCAGCCGAGCUUGUUUUUGGCCACACACUCCGUAGUCCACUUAAGUCUUUGCAUGAGCAGUUUACGGCUCCUGGGGAUCCGCACAGAAAAAAUAUGUUAGAUUAUGUGAGUCAGUUUUGUGAGCGGUUACACCGGGCCAACUCCCUGGCGAAGGAGUCUCUCUCGCGCGCCCAAGCCGUGAUGAAGCGGCAGUAUGAUCGCUCAGCCGUUUCCCGUCAUUUUCAAUUGGGUGAUAAAGUUUUGGCAUUGUUGCCUAUACCCGGUUCCGCAUUGACUGCCAAAUUCUCUGGCCCCUAUGAAGUGCUGGAUCGCUUGAGUGACACAGAUUAUGUGAUCGGUACCCCGGAGAGGCAUCGUAAAAGGCGUGUGUGUCACAUCAAUAUGCUAAAGCAGUACAACACCAGGGAGGAGUCAGAGGCACCAGUAAAGACCGUUUCUGGUGGUUCUGCUCUGAUUGUGGCCGAGUUUCCAAACUCUCCUGAGGGCGAUGACGGGUUAAAGGCGCGGCACCCUUCCUACCAGAGCACUCGGGGAGCCAAAGUCACAAGAUGGCGGAAAAGAUGGCGGAUAGCAGGUCACGCCGCUUGGCAGGUGCUGCGGACUUGCUGCUGAAACCGCCGAAAAUAACCACGACUAGACCUACUAUAUUACAAAGUUGGGUUUUUAUCGUAUUUUUACUUUUGCUAUCUAUAAGACACUGCUUUCGUGCCGAUGGCUAUAACCAUGAUGGCUAUCGUUCAGUUUGGAAUAGUCAACUGCUACUUUUUACAAAAGUUUUGGACAACGGGCAAGCCAAAACUCCCCCAACAAAGGAGAACAAGUUUGUACCAGCAAACUUAUGUCGGGAUCUUGUUCGAAUGUCACUAAUGCUAUUGUUAGCUGGUGAUAUAGAGUUAAAUCCCGGCCCUCAGCCCAAGUAUGAAAACAUCUUACAGCAAAAUCAGCGUGAUAACAUCCUGCAGCUGAUUCAGCAAGCUCAGACCCCAAGGCAAACAACAACAAUCUGCCUCCCGUGUACCUUUAGUGGAGAUGCGUCGAAGGUGUGCAGUGGAUUAGCAAUUCCAGGUGGGCUAGCAGCGGGGCCAUCUCGCCUGGUGUUGGCCCAGUCUUUGGGGCCGCCAGCGAUUAUAGCUGCAGAAACCUCUCUGCCACCAGCGACUGCAGCGACUCGUCCAACGUGUGAGAGUGGGGAUGCACUGGGGCUCCACGGCGGACCUGCGGUUUCGGGAGCGCAAGCAGCUUUGGCGGACCUUCGUUUUAUCGACCUGACAACUACUAUCCUGAAUCGGCGAGCGCGGCUAGCUCCGCGUAAUGAUGUGGGUCAAGCUGGAGAGACUAGUCGGGAAGUGGCCUCGAGUGACUCACGAACCUCAUCAUACAUCAACGUAACAUCAGAGACAUUAUCACCUGGGACUGUUAAUAAGUUGGGUGGCAGUACAACAGGAGCUGUGUUUAACCCUGCACUGGCUUUCUCAGCACAGUUCACCUGCAAAGGCAGUACAUUUGUCAAGAACAGCCUCGUCUACUGGCUGGGACCAGUUUUAGGCCUGGCAUGCUCUCGCCUGGUGUUUCGUAAAGUCAUUCUGGCUUUUACUACAAAGAGCACAACUCACAAGGACAAGAUCCUCCAUGCUGUCAAGAAGAAGAAGAAAAACUGAACAAAACUGUGAAUUAUGUUCCUUGGGUCAUGAGAAAGCUUUAAAUCCUGGUUAAUAUUUUAAAAUAUUCAUUUUUAGGACUAUAGCACAGAAAGGUGGUUGAAAUCGAUUGUUCAUGUUGUGUGUGUGUGUGUGUGUGUGUGUGUGUGUGUGUGUGCGCGUGUGCGUUUUUUUUUUUUAAAUCCAUGUAGUCGCUGCUAUUUAAGAAUCUAGACAAUACAGAAAAAACAAUUGGAAAUUAUUAGCAUAAACAACACUCAACAGGUCAAAGAGACCAGACUUUGCAUGACUUCAGUGUGAGUUAUCAUAACUUCAGUUUACAUCAUAGGUGGAAAUAUGGGUGUGAUGUUACCAGAAAUAGUUACAUCAUGAACAUUUCUAAGAUCUGUACCAAUCCAGAUGGAGUCCUAAAAGCAUUUCUGACAUCAGAGAAAAGAAUGUUAUUUCUGCAUUGUUUUAAUAAACUACUGAAGGCUCUAUUUAAAUAAUAUUCGAAUAAUUUCACAGCUGCAUUUUUAUAAACUGCUGAACGUCAUCCUCUUUGAUAGCAAUGAAGUAUUAAUUGUGCAAGUUAGCUACAUACUGUGAAAUAUCACAAAACAUGCAAA